GAUCUCGAAACAUCGACAACACCACAUCCGCCAUCAACUACCAGCCUCAGCUCCACGUAUCCGACUUUGCCCUCGAAACUUCCGUGCCACAUUGCCUAAACUGCGAUCGAGAUAGCUUUAAGCGGUAGCAGCCACUCGACAACCGGGAACACGGCACAAGAUGUCUGACGGCAGCAUCUUGAAGGCCGACAAGGACUAUACGAAAGAAGUCGAUGCUCUUCUUCCCGAGGCUGAAAAGAUCGCCAAGGAUGGCCAAACACAGCAAGCCAUCGACAAGUUGCUCAGCUUGGAGAAGCAGACGCGGCAAUCUUCCGAUCUUCCCUCCACAUCGCGCCUGAUCGUCGCCAUCGUCACAAUAUCAAAGGAGUCUGGCGAUUGGAGUCUGCUGAAUGAGCAAGUGCAGUUGCUGAGUAAGAAGCAUGGACAACUCAAGCAAGCCAUCUCAAAGAUGGUCCAAGUGGUCAUGGGCUUUCUGGAUGACACACCGAACUUGGAAGUGAAGCUGAGCGUGAUUGAGACGCUCCGCGCCGUCACAGAGGGCAAGAUCUUCGUCGAGGUUGAGCGAGCUCGUGUGACACGCAUCCUGUCGAACAUCCAACACACACAGGGCAAGGUCACUGCCGCCAAGGACACAUUAUGCGAGUUGCAGGUCGAGACUUUUGGAUCGAUGACGAGGCGAGAGAAGAAUGAGUUCAUCCUCGAUCAGGUGUCACUCUGCAUUGAAGAUGGAGAUUGGACACAGGCGGGCAUCCUGUCGCGCAAGAUUAGCACACGCUACUUUGCACGAAAGCCAAAGAAGACAGAAGAGCAGAUUGAGAAGGAGAAGAAGGAGAGAGAGGAGAAGAAGCGCCUCGCUGCGGAGGUCAGCGCGGGAGAAGUGGAAGAGCCUAUUGACGACGAUGUCACAGACCUGAAGUUGCGCUUCUACGAACAACAGAUCACACUCACCAAGCACGACGACAAGUACCUGGAGGCUUGCAAGCACUAUCGGUCAGUGUUGGACACUGAGGCUGUGGAGGACGACCCAGACAGACUUCGCGCAGCUCUGCAGCGCGUGGUCUACUUCAUCCUUCUGGCACCAUACGACAACGAACAGUCUGAUCUACUACAUCGCAUCGCGCAAGACUCACGAAUUGCAACAUCUUGUCCACAAGAAGCGGAACUUCUCAAGCUCUUUACAACUCACGAACUCAUGCGCUGGCCGGCGAUCGAGACCAACUUUGGCAAGCAGCUCACAAGCACCGACAUCUUCUCAGCGGCCAAAUCGGAUCCGAAGAAGGAUCCCAAGGCAAAUCAGCGCUGGCUUGACUUCCGCAAGCGUGUCAUUGAGCACAACGUUCGUGUCAUCGCGAAGUACUACACUCGCGUGCACUUCUCACGGCUCACAGAGCUACUCGAUCUGCCAGCGGAGGAGACUGAGAAAUACAUCUCAGAUCUUGUCACCAGCAAGACGAUCUAUGCACGAAUCGAUCGACCAGCACAGAUUGUUAGCUUCGAGAAGAAGCGGGACGCAGACGAGGUGCUGAACGAAUGGAGCGGCAACAUGAAGAGUUUGCUAGGUCUCUUGGAGAGAAUCGAUCAUCUCAUCACGAAGGAAGAGAUGAUGGCGAGGAUUCAGCCGAAGAGCGUGAAGGCCUCGUGAGGGCUGAUAGGAUGAGAACGCACGAGGGAAGAACUGUAUCAUAGGUACGGCAUUUGAUGCGACACAUCGCCGAUAUGAUGGAACGUCCGCGCAUAGGCGUUGUGUGUGUUUGCACAGAUCUGGCUGUAGUGUUGUAUGCACGAUAGCUAACGAUAUGCCAAUACUCUAUCAGAGCCCA